GCACACACACACGUACGCAAGCAGAACUAUAUAAGUUGCAUUCUUGUGCCAUUUUUACAGUUAGUCGAGCAAACAACGGUUGUGCUAAUCAAAUGACAGCUCACUUGACCUGAACUAAACAAUAACAACAGCAGCAAAAAAAAAACAAAAGUCAAAGACCGGACGAUUGUGAUAAAGCUGAAAUAUGCUUCAUCCCAAGGGAUUGUGUCUGCCUCUGCUGGUGCUCGUAUGCUUAAUUGCGCAGUCCAGCAGCCUGGCCUUUCGAAACGGCCGCCAUGUGAACGGAUUUUUGGGAGAACCAAGUAUAAUGGUCACCUUGCAGCGAUCGCUAGAUGUGGAGGAUUUGUGGUUCGAGCAGCCUUUGGAUCACCUUAAGAAAGAAGACACGCGCACAUGGCAGCAGCGUUACUUUGUCAACGACGCCUUUUACAGGAAUGAUAGUCUAGCUCCAGUCUUUCUGAUGAUUGGCGGCGAGGCGGAAGCCGCCAAGAAAUGGAUGCACGAAGGUGCCUGGGUUCACUAUGCCGAACACUUUGGUGCGCUGUGCAUUCAGCUGGAGCAUCGUUUCUACGGCAAGAGCCAUCCGACCAGCGAUCUAUCUACUAGCAAUUUGGCUUAUCUCAGCUCGGAGCAGGCGCUGGCCGACUUGGCCAACUUUGUGUCAGCCAUGAAGGUCAAAUACAACAUGGCCGCAACACAGAAAUGGAUUGCCUUCGGCGGCUCUUAUCCCGGUUCGCUGGCUGCUUGGGCACGCGAGAAGUAUCCGCAUUUGAUUGAUGGCGCCAUUAGCUCCAGUGGUCCACUGCUGGCUCAAGUAGAUUUCACCCAAUACUUCGAAGUGGUGAAGGCAUCGCUAGCCAGCUACAAACCUGAUUGCGUGGAGGCUGUGUCACGUGGGAUUGCACAAGUGGAGAUUCUGCUAAAGCACAUGAUUGGCCAGCGCAAUCUCGACGAGAAAUUCAAAACGUGCACGCCCCUUAAAGAUUCGAUCGAGAAUCCAUUGGACAUUGCGAAUCUUUUUGAAAAUAUUGCUGGCAAUUUCGCUGGUGUAGUACAGUACAACAAGGACAACAGUCCGCAUGCCAAGAUAACCAUCGAUGAGAUCUGCGAUGUGAUGCUCAAUACAUCAAUGGGACCGCCUGUUACCCGUUUGGCCGCUGUGAACGAUCUGCUGCUGCAGGAGUCAAAGACCAAGUGCCUCGACUACAAGUACGACAAGAUGAUAGCUGAUAUGAAGAACGUGUCGUGGGAUUCGGAGGCCGCUCAGGGCAUGCGUCAAUGGACAUACCAGACCUGCACUGAAUUCGGCUUCUAUCAGACUUCUGAGAACAAAUCGGAUACAUUUGGCGAUCGCUUUGGCGUUGACUUUUUCAUACGCCAGUGCAUGGACAUUUUCUCGGAUCGCAUGAACGGCAAAUAUCUGGAACAGGUUGUGGCACAGACGAACAAUUACUAUGGCGCCCUUAAGCCAGCGACAACACAGGUGCUUUACGUGCACGGCUCCAUUGAUCCAUGGCAUGCGCUUGGCCUCUACGUCUCCACCAAUAAAGACACGCCCGCAAUCUAUAUUGAAGGCACCGCACAUUGCGCCAACAUGUACGAGCCGGCGAACAGUGAUCCGCCACAGCUGAAACAGGCGCGUAACAAGAUACUUAAGUACUUGGCCACAUUACUGGACGGUUAUGCCAACUUUGCGAGCUUCACAUGAAUUCAAAGUAACCAAAAAUCAAUUAUGUGAUCAAGCCGAAAGCAAAGGCAAAAGCAAUAAAUAUAUUAAUACACGU